AUGGCGACGAAGAUGAAUCACCCAUAUCAUCCUCAGCAUGCAAUAGUGCUGAAAAGAGAAGGAGGACCAUUCAAUUGCAGUGGCUGCAAAGAACCAGGGUUUGGCCCAAGGUACCACUGCUGUAAAAGGAAUUGUCACUUCGUCCUUCACGACCACUGUGCCACAGCUCGCCCCACAGACAGACCCAGAAUCCAUCCAUUAAUGGGUAACCGCCAGUUCGAGUUUCUAUGGGAACCGCCGGGCGGGCCGAAACACCGAUAUUGCGAUGCUUGUGGGAGGGACGUCCAAGGGUUUCUGUAUCAUGAUCAGUCCAGACGCGGGUUUGAUUUGCACCCUUGUUGCAUGAACCUUAAGAGAACCAUGUCUGAUCCUCAAGGCAAAAUUAAGCUGAGUCUUAAAGACAAAGUGCACCAGAGGUGUAAGAAGUGCAAGAGGAAGGAUCUGGAUAACGUUCGCAGCGAGGAGCCUUUCAGAGGUUGGUCCUAUGUGUCUUCUUGUGGAAAGCAUACCUUCCAUGUCUAUUGUGCGAAGACUUUGAUUAUGGACAACUGGGAAUCGGGCUACUUCAAUGUUAAGCAAAAUAGAAGCUCGAUCACAUCGGCUACUUCGUCUUCUUCAAGCUUGGUCAGCAGAAGUGGGACAACAAACUCAAAAAGAAGUAAGAGCGUGCAGAGGGAUAGAAACUUGAUCACAUCAGCCACAGGAAGCUCUUCGGCAGUGGAUAGAAGACGCUCGUCGAGGGCGAGACCAUUUCUUACUCUUGGGAUCCAAAUGGCUAAGAUAGGUUUCAGCGUUAUAACAUCAGUUAUAUUUGGAAAUCCAAUUCCAUUUAUUGCUACUCUCAUUGAAAACUUGGCAAACUAG